UGUGAGGCAGUCUGGAGUUAGAGCUCUCCGCAGCCUGACUGGCCAGUUUUCAGUCACUGCAGAGCCAUGCUUCCUUACCUGCCAGUUUUGGCUGUGGGCUACCUAUUAACUCUGACGUUGAGCCAGACAUUUCAAUUUCAAGAAUAUGUCUUUCUCCAAUUUCUGGGCUUAGACAAGGUGCCUUCACCCCAGAAGUUCCAACCUGUGCCUUAUAUUUUAAAGAAAAUUUUCCAGGAUCAAGAGGCAGCAGCAACCACUGGGGUCCCCCAAGAUUUAUGCUACAUAAAGGAGUUGGGGGUCCCUGGGAAUAUACUUCGACUUCUCCCAGACCAAGGUUUCUUUCUUUACUCGAAAAAACGUUUCCAAGCUUCCCCUUGUCUACAAAAGCUCCUCUACUUUAAUUUGUCUGCCAUCAAAGAAAAGGAACAGUUAACAAUGGCCCAGCUGGUCCUGAACUUGGGGCCCAAUUCUUACUAUAACCUGGGACCAGAACUGGAGUUGGCUCUGUUCCUGGUUCAGAAGCCUCAUGUGUGGGGCCAGUCCACCCCUAACCCAGGUAAAAUGUUUGCAUUGCAGUCAGUACCCUGGCCUCAAGGUGUCAUUCACUUCAACCUCCUGACUAUAGUUAAGGAUUGGAGUAACAACUCCCGGAAGAACUUGGGUUUAUUUCUGGAGAUACUGGUCAAAGAAGAUAGAGACUCUGGGGUGAAUUUUCAGCUUGAGGACACCUGUGCCAGACUGAGACGUUCCCUUCAUGCUUCCCUGCUGGUGGUUACCCUCAACCGUGAGCAGUGCCUUCCUUCCUUGAGAAAAAGGAGGGCAGCCAUCUCUAUCCGCAAGACUUCUUGUAAGAAACUCUGCCACCGUCACCAGCUAUUCAUUAACUUUCAGGACCUGGGUUGGCACAAGUGGAUCAUUGCCCCCAAGGGAUUCAUGGCAAAUUACUGCCAUGGAGAUUGUCCUUUCUCACUGACCACCUCUCUCAACAGCUCCAAUUAUGCUUUCAUGCAAGCACUGAUGCAUGCAGUUGACCCAGAGGUCCCCCAGGCUGUUUGUAUCCCCACCAAGCUCUCUCCUAUUUCCAUGCUCUACCAGGACAAUAAUGACAAUGUUAUUCUACGACAUUAUGAAGACAUGGUAGUUGAUGAAUGUGGGUGUGGGUAGGAUGUCAGAAGUAGGAAUUGAAGGAGUAUUGUUUGGGCAAAUCUUCUAAUA